CUACUAUCUCACGAAAAAAAACAGAUUGAUGAUCGGGAGCGUACUUAUUAAUUUGUUGUGUUAACUGUGCACACUGGGACAUUUUUAAAACAAUGAAAAUGCAAUUAAAUAACAUGGUUGUGUGGUAUGAGGCCACUACAGGAUAAGUGAGUCUAUUGAAGAAACAACAAUAUGAGCAGAAAUGAUGUAGAGGAGGAACAGUCAAAAGCUAACAGCCAAGGUGAUGUCAUUUAUGAGAAUGGAGAUAGUGAGAAGCUAAACAACUCACCAGUGGUUGCAGUCAGUGAACUUUUACAUAAACCCAAAGAGGAGAAGCAUUUUGUUUCUGCUACAAAAGACACUCGUCAAGGUGUUGCAAAAACUCCUCAUAGCAGAGAGAAAGCAUGUAACACGUGUGGCAAACAAAUCAGUUUGAAAGAUCGACUUGUACAAAAGCCAAAAGAGUGUGAUCGUUUCACCCGGAAAAUACUUACACUUAAUGAAAAUGUAAAUGAUGAGGUACCAGUUUGUGAUGAAGAAGCACCUGACGUAAGUAAUGACCAUAUUCAAGCCAUAGCGAGUAAGAUCAAGGGAGUUGCGAGUGAACAUACCUGUGAGGGUCAGUUCUGUGACUUCUGCUGUCGAGUCUUCAAGCACAGAUGCAGCUUCAAACGACAUAUGAAAAUCCACACAGACCAGGGAAGUUUCAUCUGUAAAUUCUGCAAGGCAAUUUUUAAUCAGAGUUCCAAUCUCACGAGACACUUGAAAACUCACUCUGAUUACAAACCGUUUUCUUGUGAUCAGUGUGAUAAGUCCUACCGUCAAAAAGACAGCCUAGUGGAACAUAAGCGCAGUCACACCGGAGACCGUCCCUUCCCUUGUAAACUUUGCAGUCGUAGAUUCGCGGGCAAGGGCGAUCUUAGACGCCACGAAAAAACACACACUGGUGAAAAACCAUUCCUGUGCUGUGUUUGUAGCAAAGCCUUCCACCGCAAGAGCACACUUGUUGCUCAUGAGAAAACCCACAUUAAAGAGGCUGCAUACAAGUGCAAAGUUUGUGGGAAGGAAUUUCGGCACAGUAUCAGUCUGACUGCUCACCAGCAGUUUCACACAGGUGUGAAAAGGUUUGUCUGUGGUCUGUGUGACAGAGACUUCUUAACACGAGGAAGUCUAAAACGGCAUGAGCGAGUUCAUACACGGGAUGAGAUAUUCAUGUGUCCUGUCUGCGGUAAAAGCUACCAGUGGAAGGGAAGCCUAAAGGAGCAUAUGCAGAACGAUCACGCACAUAUUGUCUCCAAAGUUCAUCCUUGUGAGACGUGCGGAAAGACAUUUUAUAAGAAGAGCAAGCUGUUACGUCAUGGGCGGACACACUUGAACAAAGAAGUUGUUGUGGUUAAAGACUGACGUGGACAUCGAGUGAAGCUGUAUUUCAUGUAAGUGUGUAGCUUUGAUAAACUGACAAUCGUGC